UCUGAGUGACUCACAGUCAGUAAACUCAGCCAGCUGUUUUUUCAUUCAAGCUAGCUGAAAAUGUGAGUGAGCUGAUGCAUUACCAGAGAAACAUUGUUGACAUCCAAUUUUGAAAAUCGUUUCAUUGUUUAUUAAUAAUGGCUGAAUCUAACCAAAGUGAAAUUCAAGCAAUUGGUGUGAUAUCCUGCUCUAAUUUGUUGCCUUCCAAAAUCAUUGAAAAAAUUGUUGGAACCUCCUAUGAACCGUGUAAUCAUGUUGAAAAAAAUUUUGGUAACCAUUCCUUUACAUGCUACCCCUGGCACAUAUCAACAAAAUACUAUGAGGCUGAUGUCCAUUUCAUUGAGAUUUUAGAUCGUGAUCUUAUCAGUGCACAAUUCGCCGAUUCCAUCCAAGCCAUCAUCAUCUAUCUCGACAACAAUGAUCAAUUAUACUGUCAGAAAUUUCAUGCAUGGAAACCCUUCAUCGAUGAAUAUGAUCCUGAUAUAAGAUUGCUAGUGGUUGAAAAGGCUAUCAACGAUUCAUUUUUUGACAGAACAACUUGCAUGAAAUGGUGUAUCAAUAAUGAAUUUGAACUAAUUGAAUUGGAUGCUGAAAUCGAUAGCGAGGAUGAAUACGAGAAUGAUUUUGUUGAUUCAGAUGGAAUCAAAAGGAUAAUGCAAGCUUUGAGUGCUCACACUUGGCCUAUGAUGGAAAUGAAUGAAACACCACAAUAUAAACCUUCACCUAAAUUUGAAAAUUUGUUGAAAAAGGAAUUUCAGAAUAGCUUAGCUGCAACUGUCUCUCUAAGCAAUCCUGAUAAUGAACAAGAAUUAAGCUCAGACAAUGACACUUCAACUAGGCAACGUGUUGAUUCCAUAAUAGAAGAAAAUAAAGAAAUAUUCGAGAGCCUAAGUGAAAACCAAGAUCUCGAAUUUGAAGAUCUUUUUAGCAAAUUUAAAGAUCUUAAAAAGAAAGCUGAAACUUUAUCCGGUGAAGAACGUCGACUUUAUGCCGAGAAAAUCACUAUAGCAUUUUGGCGGUCCCUUGGUGGUUCAGCUGAUGAAAUAGCUGGUCUUGAUGAUUGAUCCCGGUAAUUGAUUUUUUGUUAUCCAUGGAAGAUGAAUUUGUGAAUAAAAAUGGAGUAAUUUAUUGAAAAAAUCAGAUGAAGAGGUAAAAAUGAUUUAAUAAUAAUGUUGAUUUACUGAGAUGCUGCUCGACUUGUAUCUUGUGUUGGGGUGUCAGGGCUUGAACGAGCUUUGUAGUCAUAUGGCUCAUAUCCAUAGCCAUAAUAUUGUUUAUAAUUGUCAACCACACCAUGAGUACCAUAACCAAGGGCUCCAAAACCACCAUAAACACCAUAUCCUCCAGGAUAACCUGAAAAACAAUCAUUUAAUUGUGAUUAAAAAUAAACUUCCAGAGCAGACGAAAGUAACUGUUUAUACUACAUCUUUAAAAAUACAAAAACAUAAGAUAUUCAAUCAUUUAUCUGUAAACUCACCAGCAUAAGCUGGAACACCACCAUAUGGUCCUGAAUUUCCGUACAAGUAAUUGGAUGCCAGGGAACCAUAAAGAGUUCCAUAUUGAGGACCAAGACCAUAACCAAAAAGUGGACUAGUGUAAGGGUUGUAUUGCAGGCCAAGAUAUGGAUAACCGAGUGGACUUUGAGCUAUAAUGUUAACUGGUAGAGCAAUUGUUAACACCUAUGACAAAUAAUUAGAUUUACUGUUUUUCACUUCAAAAUAUUCAUAAUUUGUAUUGCUAAUAAUUAAGUUUAACUUACCGAGCAUAUUAAAAAUAGUUGAUAUCGAA